AUGAUGCAGGGCGGUUAGUUAUGAUGCAGGGUGGUUAGUUAUGAUGCAGGGUGGUUAGUUAUGAUGCAGGGUGGUUAGUUAUGAUGCAGGGUGGUUAGUUAUGAUGCAGGGUGGUUAGUUAUGAUGCAGGGUAGUUAGUUAUGAUGCAGGGUGGUUAGUUAUGAUGCAGGGUGGUUAGUUAUGAUGCGGUUAGUUAUGAUGCAGGGUGGUUAGUUAUGAUGCAGGGUGGUUAGUUAUGAUGAAGGGUGGUUAGUUAUGAUGCAGGGUGGUUAGUUAUGAUGCAGGGUGGUUAGUUAUGAUGCAGGGUGGUUAGUUAUGAUGCAGGGCAGUUAGUUAUGAUGCAGGGCAGUUAGUUAUGAUGCAGGGCGGUAAUUUAUGAUGCAGGGUGGUUAGUUAUGAUGCAGGGUGGUUAGUUAUGAUGCAGGGUGGUUAGUUAUGAUGCAGGGUGGUUAGUUAUGAUGCAGGGUAGUUAGUUAUGAUGCAGGGUGGUUAGUUAUGAUGCAGGGUGGUUAGUUAUGAUGCAGGGUGGUUAGUUAUGAUGCAGGGUGGUUAGUUAUGAUGAAGGGUGGUUAGUUAUGAUGCAGGGUGGUUAGUUAUGAUGCAGGGUGGUUAGUUAUGAUGCAGGGCAGUUAGUUAUGAUGCAGGGCAGUUAGUUAUGAUGCAGGGUGGUAAUUUAUGAUGCAGGGUGGGUAGUUAUGAUGCAGGGUGGUUAGUUAUGAUGCAGGGUGGUUAGUUAUGAUGCAGGGUGGUUAGUUAUGGUGCAGGGUGGUUAGUUAUGAUGCAGGGUGGUUAGUUAUGAUGCAGGGUGGUUAGUUAUGAUGCAGGGUGGUUAGUUAUGAUGCAGGGUGGUUAGUUAUGAUGCAGGGUGGUUAGUUAUGAUGCAGGGUGGUUAGUUAUGAUGCAGGGUGGUUAGUUAUGAUCAGGGUGGUUAGUUUAUGAUGCAGGGUGGUUAGUUAUGAUGCAGGGUGGUUAGUUUAUGAUGCAGGGUGGUUAGUUAUGAUGCAGGGUGGUUAGUUAUUAUGCAGGGUGGUUAGUUAUGAUGCAGGGUGGUUAGUUAUGAUGCAGGGUGGUUAGUUAUGAUGCAGGGUGGUUAGUUAUGAUGCAGGGUGGUUAGUUAUGAUGCAGGGUGGUUAGUUAUGAUGCAGGGUGAUUAUUUAUGAUGCAGGGUGGUUAGUUAUGAUGCAGGGUGGUUAGUUAUGAUGCAGGGCGGUUAGUUAUGAUGCAGGGCGGUUAGUUAUGAUGCAGGGUAGUUAGUUAUGAUGCAGGGUAGUUAGUUAUGAUGCAGGGUGUAUUUAGUUAUGAUGCAGGGUGGUUAGUUAUGAUGCAGGGUGGUUAGUUAUGAUGCAGGGUGGUUAGUUAUGAUGCAGGGUGAUUUGUAGAUCAGUCAGUCUUGACUCACCUUUAAAGUCGGCUUCAAUGUCGAAUGCACCCAUUAUCUUCCACAUGGGAACAUACACGCGUUGAUGUUGGGUAUACACUGAGUAUACCAAACAUUAAGAACACCUUCCUAAUAUUGAAUUGCACCCCCUUACUUUUGCCCUCAGAACAGCCUUAAUUCGUCGGGGCAUUGGACUCUACAAGGUGUCGAAAGCGUUCCACAGGGAUGCUGGCCCAUGUUGACUCCAAUGCUUCCCACAGUUGUGUAAAGUUGGCUUGAUGUCCUUUGGGUGGUGGACCAUUCUUGAUACACACGGGAAACUGUUAAGUGUGUAAAACCCAGCAGCAUUGCAGUUCUUGACACAAACCGGUUCGCCUGGCACCUACAACCAUACCCCGUUCAAAGGCACUUAAAUAUUUUGUCUUGCCCAUUCACCCUCUGAAUGGCACACAUACACAAUCCAUGUCUCAAGGCUUAAACAUCCUUCUUUAACCGGUCUCCUCCCCUUCAUCUACACUGAUUGAAGUUGAUUUAACAAGUUACAUCAAUAAGGGGUCAUAGCUUUCACCUGGAUUCACCUGGUCAGUCUGUAAUGGAAAGAGCAGGUGUCCUUAAUGUUUUGUCCACUCAGUGUAUGUCACAUAACUCCUUUCAGAUGACUGUGUGUGUGUGUGUGUGUGUGUGUGUGUGUGUGUGUGUGUGUGUGUGUGUGUGUGUGUGUGUGUGUGUGUGUGUGUGUGUGUGUGUGUGUGUGUGUGUGUGUGUGUGUGUGUGUGUGUGUGUGUGUGUGUGUGUGUGUGUGUGUGUGUGUGUGUGUGUGUGUGUGUGUGUGUGCGCGCGCAGAUGAGGACUCGGAGCCGAUCCAGAAGAGACUGUGUCUGACCAAUGAGGAACAGACAGAGACAGACUCCGCCCCUCAGUUCUCCGUGGUCACCCUCCCCAGUGAGUUACACACAUACACAGAAACAUGCACACACUGCCCUGCCUGUUGUGGUUGGCUGACAGGGUGUGAUGUCCUAUAGUGUCAGAGGGAGACGAGAGCUUCGAGGUCACGAUGACCGCCACCGCCGACAGUGACAUCACAGAAGAGGGCGUGGCCCAGAUACAGGUACCUGACAAACGCCUCCCACGACUCCUCUCUUCUCUACUCCUCUCCUCUCUACUCUUCUCCUCUCUUCUCCUCUCUUCUCUACUCCUCUCUACUCCUCUCCUCUCUCCUCUUCUCGUCUUCUCCUCUCUUCUCUACUCUUCUCCUCUCUUCUCCUCUCUUCUCUACUCCUCUCCUCUCUCCUCCUCUCCUCUCCUCUCUUCUCUACUCCUCUCUUCUCCUCUCUCCUCUUCUCCUCUCUUCUCUACUCCUCUCCUCUCUCUUCUCCUCUCUUCUCUUCUCCUCUCUCCUCUUCUCCUCUCUUCUCUACUCCUCUCUUCUCCUCUCUUCUCUUCCCUCUCUUCUCUUCUCCUCUCUUCUCUCUCCUCUUCUCUACUCCUCUCUUCUCCCUCUCUUCUCUUCUCUUCUCUUCUCAGGAAAAGAAAUCCUCGUCUUCUCUUCUCUCUCCUCUCUCCUCUUCUCCUCUCGUUUCUUCUCUACUCUCUCUCCUCUCUUCUCCUCUCUUCCUCUCCUCUCUUCUCUUCUCCUCUCUCCUCUUCGCCUUCUCCUCUUCUCCUCUCUUCCUCUCCCUACUCAUUCUCUACUCCUGUCUCUUCUCUUCUCCUCUUCUUCUCUCUCCUUCUCCUCUCUCCUCUCCUCUCUUCUCUACUCCUCUCUUCUCCUCUCUUCUCUUCUCUUCUCCUCUCUUCUCUUCUCCUCUCUCCUCUUCUCCUCUUCUCCUCUCUUCUCUUCUCCUCUAUUCUCUUCUCCUCUCUUCUCUUCUCCUCUCUACUCCUCUCCUCUGCUCUCCUGUCCUCUUUAUUUUUCUUUACUCUCUCUCUCUCUGUGUGUGUGUUGUGUGUAGAUCCUGCAGAGUGAGGAUCCUCAGAACAGUGAAGAGAUGUCUCCUGUCAGCCAGGCCUGGUUCACCACCAAGGAGGACAAAGAUACACUGGUUAACAAAGGUACUUACACACACACACACUUACACUGGUUAACAAAGGUACUUACACACACACACACUUACACUGGUUAACAAAGGUACUUACACACACACACACUUACACUGGUUAACAAAGGUACUCACACACACACACACUUACACUGGUUAACAAAGGUACUUACACACACACACACUUACACACUUACACACACUUACACACACACACACAUACACUUACACUGGUUAACAAAGGUACUUACACACACACACACUUACACACUUACACACACUUACACACACACACACAUACACACACACACACACACACACACUUACACACACGCACACGCACAUACACAUACACACUUACACACACACACACAUACACACACACGCGCAUACACACACACACAUACACACACACACAAGCACACACACACGCACACACACUUACACACACACGCACACACACACGCACAUACACACACACACACACACACACACACACUUACACACACACACAUACACACAUACACACACAAUGCACAUUGAGCUAGCUACAUAUAUUUGUAGUUGGUUUACGCAGGCCGUGAUUGGUCAGUGGGCUAACAGAGGCUGUGAUUGGUUGUUUGUCUUCAGGUCAUAAGUGGAAACAAGGCAUGUGGUCUAAAGAGGAGAUCGACCUUCUGAUGAGCAACAUCCAACAAUAUGUGAAGGUGCAACACACACACUCACACACACACACACACACACACACACACACACAGACACACACACACACACACACACACACACACACACACACACACACACGGUUAAGAGUUACCAUCAGGUGACUUCUGUUAGGGAGUCUGUACUGCUUUGGACAAGUGUGUUUGUGUGUGCACGUUCGUGUGUGUGUAUCAAAUCAAAUGUUAUUGGUUACAUGAACAUGUUUAGCAGAUGUUAUUGCAGGUGUAGUGAAAUGCUUGUCUUUCUAGCUCCAACAGUGCAGUAAUAUCUAACAAUUCACAACAAUACACACAAAUCUAAAAGUAAAAUAAUGGAAUUAAUAUUAGGACGAGUAUUAACUAAAAUACAGUAGAAUAGAAUACAGUAGAAUAGAAUACAGUAUAAUAGAAUACAGUAGAAUAGAAUACAGUAUAAUAGAAUACAGUAUAAUCAUAUGAGAUGAGUAAAGCAGUAUGUAAACAUUAUUAAAGUGACUAGUGUUCCAUUUUUAAAGUGACUAGUGUUCCAUUAUUAAAGUGACCAGUGAUUCCAUGUCUAUGUACAGUACCAGUCUAAAGUUUGGACACACCUACUCAUUACAGGGUUUUUCUUUAUUUUUACUAUUUUCUACAUUGUAGAAUAAUAGUGAAGACAUCAAAACUAUGAAAUAACACAUAUGGAAUCAUGUAGUAACCAAAAAAGUGUUAAAACAAAUAAAUGUUAUAUUUGAGAUUCUUCAAAGUAGCCACCCUUUGCCUUGAUGACAGCUUUGGACACUCUUGGCAUUCUCUCAACCAGCUUCAUGAGGUAGUCACCUGGAAUGUGUUUCAAUUAACAGGUGCGCCUUGUUAAAAGUUAAUUUAUGGAAUUUCAACUGAGCCAAUCAGUUGUGUUGUGACAAGGUAGGGGGGGGUAUACAGAAGAUAGCCCUAUUUGGUAAAAUACCAAGUCCAUAUUAUGGCAAGAACAGCUCAAAUAAGCAAAGAGAAAUGACAGUCCGUCAUUACUUUAAGACAUGAAGGUCAGUCAAUCCGUAAAAUGUCAAGGACUUUGAAAGUUUCUUCAAGUGCAGUCGCAAAAACCAUCAAGCGCUAUGAUGAAACUGGCUCUUAUGAGGUCCGCCACAGGAAAGGAAGACCCAGAGUUACCUCUGCUGCAGAGGAUAAGUUCAUUAGAGUUACCAGCCUCAGAAAUUGCAGCCCAAAUAAAUGCUUCACAGAGUUCAAGUAACAGACACAUCUCAACAUUAACUGUUCAGAGGGGACUGCGUGAAUCAGGCCUUCAUGUUCGAAUUGCUGCAAAGAAACCACUACUAAAGGACACCAAUAAGAAGAGACCUGCUUGGGCCAAGAAACACGAGCAAUGGACAUUAGACCGGUGGAAAUCUGUCCUUUGGUCUGGAGUCCAAAUGUGAGAUUUUGGGUUCCAACCGCCGUGUCUUUCUGAGACGCGGUGUGGGUGAACGGAUGAUCUCCGCAUAUGUAGUUCCCACCGUAAAGCAUGGAGGAGGUGGUGUUAUGGUGUGGGGGUGCUUUGCUGGUGACACUGUCUGUGAUUUAUUUAGAAUUCAAGGCACACUUAAACAGCAUGGCUACCACAGCAUUCUGCAGCGAUACGCCAUCCCAUCUGGUUUGGGCUUAGUGGGACUAUCAUUUGUUUUUCAACAGGACAAUGACCCAACACACCUCCAGGCUGUGUAAGGGCUAUUUUACCAAGAAGGAGAGUGAUGGAGUGCUGCAUCAGAUGACCUGGCCUCCACAAUCCCCGACCUCAACCCAAUUGAGAUGGUUUGGGAUGAGUUGGACCGCAGAGUGAAGGAAAAGCAGCCAACAAGUGCUCAGCAUAUGUGGGAACUCCUUCAAGACUGUUGGAAAAGCAUUCCAGGUGAAGCUGGUUGAGAGAAUGCCAAAAGUGUGCAAAGGGUGGCUACUUUGAAGAAUCUAAAAUCUGAAAUAUAUUUUGAUUUGUUUAACACAUUUUUGGUUACUACAUGAUUCCAUAUGUGUUAUUUCAUAGUUUUGAUAUCUUCACUAUUAUUCUACAAUGUAGAAAAUAGUAAAAAAUAAAGAAAAACCCUUGAAUGAGUAGGUGUAUCCAAACUUUUGACUGGUAUUGUGUAUGGGGCAUCAGUCUCUAAGGUGCAGGGUUGAGGAACCGGGUGGUAGCCGGCUAGUGAUGACUAUUUAACAUUUUUACAUUUACAUUUUAGUCAUUUAGCAGACGCUCUUAACCAGAGCGACUUACAGGAGCAAUUAGGGUUAAGUGCCUUGCUCAAGGGCACAUUAACGUCAUUUAGCAGACGCUCUUAGCCAGAGCGACUCACAAAUUGGUGCGUUCACCCUAUAGCCAGUGGGAUAACCACUUUACAAUUUGGGGGGGGGGGGGGGGGGGGGGGGGGGGGUUAGAAGGAAUACUUUAGCCUAUCCCAGGUAUUCCUUAAAGAGGUGGGGUUUCAAAUGUCUCCGGAAGGUGGUGAGUGACUCCGCUGUCCUGGCGUCGUGAGGGAGCUUGUUCCACCAUUGGGGUGCCAGAGCAGCGAACAGUUUUGACUGGGCUGAGCGGGAGCUGUGCUUCCGCAGAGGAAGGGGAGUCUGAUAGCCUUGAGAUAGAAGCUGUUUUUCAGUCUCUCGGUCCCAGCUUUGAUGCACCUGUACUGACCUCGCCUUCUGGAUGAUAGCGGGGUGAACAGGCAGUGGCUCGGGUGGUUGUUGUCCUUGAUUAUCUUUUUGGCCUUCCUGUGACAUCGGGUGCUGUAGGUGUCCUGGAGGGCUGGUAGUUUGCCCCCGGUGAUGCUUUGUUCAGACCGUGUGUGUGUGUGUGUGUGUGUGUGUGUGUGUGUGUGUGUGUGUAGGGUCGGGGUAUGGAGGACCCAGCUGAGAUAAUCUUUGAGAUGUCUAAAGAGGAGCGUAAGGAUUUCUACCGCAGCGUGGCCUGGGGUCUGAACCGACCGCUGUUCGCCGUCUACCGACGAGUCCUCCGCAUGUACGAUAACCGCAACCAUGUGGGCAAGUCAGUACUCACCCCCCUCCCCACACACACACAUCAUAGCACCCCCCCCCUCCCCACAGACAUCAUCAUAACACACCCCACCUCCCACACAGAGUUGUAGUGGUUUGGUGUGUGUGUGUGUAAGCUGAUGUGUGUUUUUGUUAUAAAGGUACUCUCCUGAGGAGAUCCACAAGCUGAAAGAGUGAGUAUGACAUCACUUCCUCCUAACAAUGUGUAAACAGUCAAUGUGUGCAGCAGUCUGAGGAUGUGUGUGUGCAGGUUGAGGCAGAAGCACGGUAAUGACUGGGCCACUAUAGGAGCGGCUCUGGGCCGCAGCGCCUCGUCUGUUAAAGACCGCUGCCGACUGAUGAAGGACACCUGCAACACAGGUCAGACGCUUUAUCCUGGAGGGGUUAUGCUUUAGGAAGCGGGACUGCAACACAGGUCAGACACUUUAUCCUGGAGGGGUUAUGCUUUAGGAAGCGGGACUGCAACACAGGUCAGACACUUUAUCCUGGAGGGGUUAUGCUUUAGGAAGCAGGACUGCAACACAGGCCAGACAUUAUCCUGGAGGGGUUAUGCUUUAGGAAGCGGGACUGCAACACAGGUCAGACACUUUAUCCUGGAGGGGUUAUGCUUUAGGAAGCGGGACUGCAACACAGGUCAGACACUAUCCUGGAGGGGUUAUGCUUUAGGAAGCGGGACUGCAACACAGGUCAGACACUUUAUCCUGGAGGGGUUAUGCUUUAGGAAGCGGGACUGCAACACAGGUCAGACACUAUCCUGGAGGGGUUAUGCUUUAGGAAGCGGGACUGCAACACAGGUCAGACACUAUCCUGGAGGGGUUAUGCUUUAGGAAGCGGGACUGCAACACAGGUCAGACGCUUUAUCCUGGAGGGGUUAUGCUUUAGGAAGCGGGACUUACAGUUGUGUGUGUGUGUGUGUGUGUGUGUGUGUGUGUGUGUGUGUGUGUGUGUAGGGAAGUGGAGUGAGGAGGAGGAGAGGCGUCUAUCGGACAGUGUGUAUGCGUUGGCGGGUGUGUGUCCGGGUCGUGCGGUGACGGGGGGGGUGUCAUGGGCGGCUGUAGCUGAUCUGGUGGGAACGCGGUCUGAGAAACAGUGCCGCUCUAAAUGGCUCAACUACCUCAACUGGAAACAGAGUGGAGGGACUGAGUGGACCAAAGACCAGGAUCUCAGCUUAGUACACAGGUAGGGAGGGGUCUGGGUGGGGGGUGGGUCGUGGGUGGAUGGAUGAGUGGGUGUCUGGGUGGAUGGAUGGAUGGGUGGUGGGUGUCUGGGUGGUGGGUGUCUGGGUGGAUGGAUGGGUGGUGGGUGGAUGGAUGGAUGGGUGGAUGGAUGGGUGGUGGGUGUCUGGGUGGAUGGAUGGAUGGGUGGUGGGUGUCUGGGUGGAUGGAUGAAUGGGUGGUGGGUGUCUGGGUGGAUGGAUGGAUGGAUGGGUGGUGGGUAUCUGGGUGGGUGGAUGGAUGGAUGGAUGGGUGGUGGGUGGGUGGUGGGUGUCUGGGUGGAUGGAUGGGUGGUGGGUGGAUGAAUGGAUGGAUGGGUGGUGGGUGGUGGGUGGAUGGGUGGUGGGUGUCUGGGUGGAUGGAUGGGUGGUGGGUGGAUGGAUGGAUGGAUGGAUGGGUGGUGGGUGGAUGGAUGGAUGGGUGGUGGGUGGAUGGAUGGAUGGGUGUCUGGAUGGGUGGUGGAUGGGUGGUGGGUGGAUGGAUGGAUGGGUGGUGGGUGUCUGGGUGGAUGGAUGGAUGGGUGGUGGGUGUCUGGGUGGAUGGAUGGAUGGGUGGUGGGUGGAUGGAUGGAUGGGUGGUGGGUGGAUGGAUGGAUGGGUGUCUGGAUGGAUGGAUGGGUGGUGGGUGGAUGGAUGGAUGGGUGGUGGGUGUCUGGUUGGUGGGUAAUUACAUUAUUAGAAUGUAGAAUUCAAAGCAGCUUUAUUGAUGAAAGGAUCCAUGUCCAGCUAGUCUACUUCUUUUGGCUUACUGUGUGUGUGUGUGUGUGUGUGUGUGUGUGUGUGUGUGUCUGUGUCUGUGUCUGUGUCUGUGUCUGUGUUGUGUGUGUGUGUGUGUACAGGAUAGUGGAGUUGGAUGUGGAUGAUGAGAAUGAGUUAAAGUGGGAGGAGCUAGCAGGGGGGUGGAGCAGCGUUCGCUCUCCUCAGUGGCUCAGAUCUAAGUGGUGGAGCAUCAAGAGACAAGUAGCCAAUCACAAGGAGCUGCCCUUCCACGGUAACACCCCUGACCCUUACCUCUCACUCCUCACUCCUGACCUCUGACCCUUACCUCUCACUCCUAACCCCUGACCCUUACCUCUCACUCCUCACCUCUGACCCCUGACCCUUACCUCUCACUCCUCACCUCUGACCCCUGACCCUUACCUCUCUCUCCUCACCCCUGACCCUUACCUCUCACUCCUCACCUCUGACCUCUGACCCUUACCUCUCACUCCUCACCUCUGACCCUUACCUCUCACUCCUCACCUCUGACCCUUACCUCUCUCUCCUCACCCCUGACCCUUACCUCUCACUCCUCACCUCUGACCCCUGACCCUUACCUCUCCUCACCUCUGACCCUUACCUCUCACUCCUCACCUCUGACCUCUGACCCUUACCUCUCACUCCUCACCUCUGACCUCUGACCCUUACCUCUCACUCCUCACCUCUGACCUCUGACCCUUACCUCUCACUCCUCACCUCUGACCCUUACCUCUCACUCCUCACCUCUGACCCUUACCUCUCACUCCUCACCUCUGACCCUUACCUCUCACUCCUCACCUCUGACCCCUGACCCUUACCUCUCACUCCUCACCUCUGACCCUUACCUCUCACUCCUCACCUCUGACCCUUACCUCUCACUCCUCACCUCUGACCCUUACCUCUCACUCCUCAC